AUGGGUGCUCCUGUUUCAGAAGUUGCCAUCAUUCCCCUAGCGAAGGGUGCCGAUCCCCGUGUGGAGAACAGUGAAGCAGCAAAUUCCCUCGCCAGAUCAAUCCAGGGUACAAUCGAACAACCUGGAUUCCAGCGCAUGGCUUGGGGGUUGUACAAAAAUGAUCCUAGCGUGAUGGUUAUGCUUGUCGAUUGGGAUGAUCUCGAGUCUCAUCUCGCCUUCAUGGCUGCUCCGUAUUAUGAAGCUUUUAUGGAUGGCUUUAAUGAGAUUGUUGGUGGAUCGAUUGUUUUGUUCCAUGCCAUCUUUGAGGAAGGAGUUGGCAUUUUGCCUCUGGUCGAGCUCAAUAAACACACGGCCGAUGUCUCCUUUGCUUUCUUCCCUGCCCCAUCCUUGACCCAAGACUUCCAAGAUGACCUCUCCCUAGCCUCGCGGGCUGUGAAUAUGGCUCUCCUCGAGUCGAACGAUGCGCCCUCGAGCAUUGCCAGUGGCUGGUGCAGUGAUGAUGCGUUGGACGAGGAGCGCGAUGGAAAAGGACCAGAGAGGCCGUGGAUGUCGAUUGUGACAUGGAAGACUACAGAAGACCGACAGAGGGCGUGGGAUCGCAAAUCUGUUCUCGGUGAUAUUCCGAAGCUCGCUGAAGGACAGGGGGAGUUGAAAAUAUUCGAGGUUGAGUUCCAGCCUGUUGUUUUCAAGCCAUGA